AGCCGCCCCACUGCGCAGCACGGCACCGGCACCACACCUGCUGCAGGAGCAGAGACAGCAAACCUUCGCCGUGCCGCGGCCGCCCCACCCGCCCGUGCACAUGCCAAAGAUGAUGUCCGAAAACCAGUACCCCACAGAGCACAGGUUCCAGAGGCAGAUGUCUGAGCCCUGCCACCCCUUCCCACCGCAGCCCGGCGUUCCCGGGGACAGCCGCCCCGUCUACCACCGGCAGCUGUCAGAACCUGUUGGCCCCGCUGCCCCCCACCCCGCUCAGGGAUUCAAACAGGAGUACCACGACCCGCUCUAUGAGCACGCCGGCCCCAGCCUGCCCGGCCCCCCUGGGCACGGCUUCCAGUCCCCCAUGGGCAUCAAGCAGGAGCCCCGGGACUACUGCAUCGACUCAGAAGUGCCUAACUGCCAGUCCUCAUACGUGAGAGGGGGCCUCUUCCCCAGCAGCCAUGAUGGAUUUUCAUACGAAAAAGACACACGAUUGUAUUUUGAUGACACGUGCGUGGUACCAGAGAGACUGGAGGGUAAGGUGAAGCAGGAGCCCACCCUGUACCGUGAAGGCCCUCCCUACCAGCGGCGCGGGUCGCUGCAGCUCUGGCAGUUCCUCGUCACGCUCCUGGAUGACCCUGCCAACGCGCACUUCAUCGCCUGGACCGGCCGUGGCAUGGAGUUCAAGCUGAUUGAGCCCGAGGAGGUAGCACGGCGCUGGGGCAUCCAGAAGAACCGGCCGGCCAUGAACUACGACAAGCUGAGCCGCUCCCUGCGCUACUACUAUGAGAAGGGCAUCAUGCAGAAGGUGGCCGGCGAGCGGUACGUCUACAAGUUCGUGUGCGACCCCGAUGCCCUCUUCUCCAUGGCAUACCCCGACAAUCAGCGUCCCUUCCUGAAAGCGGAGCCCGACUGCCACGUGAGCGAGGAGGACACCCUGCCGCUGACGCACUUUGAGGACAGCCCUGCCUACCUGCUGGAGGUGGAGCACUGCGGCAGCCUGCCCUACGCGGAGGGCUUUGCCUACUGAUGGCCGGCUGGCGGAGCGACCAGCGCUAGCACGCACGUCUGCUGCGGGCCAAUAAGGGCAAAGGUUUUGUAAAGAGUAUUUUUUGCCAUUUCUUUUAAAAAUGAAACACAACAAAAAAACAAACAAAAAGAAAAAAAGAAAAAAACGCGUGCGCGCACACAAACUGGCCUUUACCUUUAAGCGCAAUUGGAGGAAUCUAAAAUGCCCAGUGUGUGUCAGCGCUGAGCUCGCAACCUUACUGUCCAAGGGCUAGUGCAUAGGACUGCCCGAGGCUGGCACCGAGCGUCCCACAGCUGUGUUGGGGAGCUGGGAGCUAAGCACCAAGUCUCUGACCCUGGCCACGCUUCUCGUGAGCAUGCGAUGGCUGAUGGCUUCAGCAGCGCCUGUGGGACUGGUCUAGACGGUGUGACUGUAGCGAAUUGUCACGACAAUCUGCUUUGCAUCGAUCACAAUACGCGUAGCUGCCUUGUGUGUUGGAAAGGGCUUUGAUUUGCACAGACGAGGGGGUGUCGGGGGGCUCGGUGCCCCGGGGCUGAUGUGUGCGGCGUCCCACCCCAAGCUGGAGGAGCCUUCUGCCUUCUUCCCAGACACAACCUCCCCGUCCCUCCUUGUUCCCAGCAAGCAUUACUCUCCAAUAUAACAAUUUGUCAGCCUGCCCCACUCCUUUCCACGUCCCCAUCACUUCUCCCCAGCUCAGGCUGUAUGCGAUGGGUUUCAUUUCAGAAGAGGGGGGCUGCUGUGAUGCUAUCUCCCUC